AUGGAAGAAUUAAUAAAAAAUUACUGUCACAGUUUCGAAGUACCCAGUAGACUUACCUUACGCUUGAGUAGACGUCAGCGUUCCGGCGACAGAACCCUCAUGUCGAACUUCAGGAUGGCUGCCAUGACGUCUGGUUUGCUUCGCGUGUCUACUACCACUGAGAUGCUCAGCCCGAGGAGCCUUGAUAACUCGGUGGGCGGGCCAGACACGCCUCCCGGCAACAAGUUGCCUUCUGCACACCCAACUUAG